UGGCUCAAAGAGAGCAGCGACCUCGUGGAUAUCUGAGUCUUCACCAGCACAUCGAGAGAGACAGAGAGAGAAGCAGCUGACAGGACGACUCAGGAGAAAGCAAAGAUGCAGUGGAUUCAGUUCGUGCUGAUUCUGAUGGGUCAGUGUUCCUUCUUCACAUGUCACCUCUAUGAGUACCACUUCAUUCAAGAGGGAAAGACCUGGGAUGAAGCCCAGAGUUAUUGCAGAGAGCAUUUCACUGACCUGGCCACAGUGUCUGACAUGAGAGACGUGGAGAGACUGACUAACUCUUCACAGACUACAGGCGCCUGGAUUGGACUGAGGAGCAUCAAUGAAGGAGAUAUUAAAGUGUGGCACUGGUCUCUGCCGGGGGAGAAGUACAAUCCUACAGAAUGUGAUCCAGAAUGUGGACCUGAAUGGCAUAGAGAUGAGCCGAACAAUGCAUAUGUCGAUCCUCAGAACUGUGUGGUGAUUACACACUCAAAAAAAUGGAGCGAUGUCCUUUGUUCUCUUAAACUCAAGUUUAUCUGCUACAAUGAAACAGGGGAACUGAAAUACUUUGUAAUUGAUGAACCAAAGAACUGGCUUCAGGCUCAGAGCUACUGCAGAGAACAUCACACUGACCUGGUCAGUGGACUUGAAAAUAUCAAUUCAGUUGAAUUCAACCAUCAGCAAAGCUCUGAUGACUCCGGAGAUCUAGAUAAGUUAUUUUGGAUCGGCCUGUUCAGAGAGAUCUGGAGCUGGUCAGAUGGGAAGAACGUCUCUUUCAGACACUGGGAUCCGGACUCAUUUAAAGAUGAAGCCUCAAAGACUUGUGCUAUGACUACGUCCAAUGGAAAGUGGAGCUCCGACAUCUGCACAGAUCAAAAACCCUUCUUCUGCUAUGACGACAAAGUGAUCCUGAUCAAUGAGAGUAAGACUUGGGAUGAGGCCCUGACUUACUGCAGAGAGAACCACCAUGACCUGGUCUCCAUCACUGACAGACACCAGCAGAGAUGGGUCCAAGAGAGAGCCAAGAUGGCCGACACUGAGUUCGUCUGGCUGGGAAUGCGCUACACCUGCACUCUGGAUCUGUGGUUCUGGGUCAAUGAUCGUCUGGUCUGCUAUAACAACUGGGCCCAAGACAAAAUGGAUGAGCAGUGUGGCAUGGCUGGAGUCAUGAAGAGAGAUGGAAAGUGGUACACAAAGGCUGACAAUGAAAAGUUUCAUUUCAUCUGCGCUAAGUACACAUCGAGAGAGACGGAGAGAGAAGCAGCUGACAGGACGACUCAGGAGAAAGCAAAGAUGCAGUGGAUUCAGUUCGUGCUGAUUCUGAUGGGUCAGUGUUCCUUCUUCACAUGUGACCUCUAUGAGUACCACUUCAUUCCUGAGAGAAAGACCUGGGAGGAAGCCCAGAGUUAUUGCAGAGAGCAUUUCACUGACCUGGCCACAGUGUCUGACAUGAGAGACGUGGAGAGACUGACUAACUCUUCACAGACUACAGACGCCUGGAUUGGACUGAGGAGCAUCAAUGAAAGAGAUAUCAAAGUGUGGCACUGGUCUCUGCCGGGGGAGAAGUACAAUCCUACAGAAUGUGAUCCAGAAUGUGGACCUGAAUGGGCUCCAAAAGAGCCGAACAAUGGAGGUGUCAAUCCUCAGAACUGUGUGAUGAUUACACACUCAAAAAAAUGGAGCGAUGUCUUUUGUUGUAAAAAACUUAAGUUCAUCUGCUACAAUGAAAAAGGGCUGAAAUACUUUUUAAUUGAUGAACCAAAGAACUGGCUUCAGGCUCAGAGCUACUGCAGAGAAAAUCACACUGACCUGGUCAGUGGAAUCAAACACAUCAGAUCAGAUGGAUUCACGAAACGGGUUGAUGAAUUCAAGGAACGGGUCCAAGGAUUAAACAAUGAGGAUAUUAAUAAGUUCCUGUGGAUCGGCCUGUUCAGAGAGAUCUGGAGCUGGUCAGAUGGGAAGAAUUUCUCUUUCAGACACUGGGAUCCGGACUCAUUUAAAGAUGAAGCCUCAAAGACUUGUGCUAUGACUACGUCCAAUGGAAAGUGGAGCUCCGACAUCUGCACAGAGGAAAAACCCUUCUACUGCUAUGACGACAAAGUGAUCCUGAUCAAAGAGAGUAAGACUUGGGAUGAGGCCCUGACUUACUGCAGAGAGAACCACCGUGACCUGGUCUCCAUCACUGACAGUCACCAGCAGAGAUGGGUCCAAGAGAAAGCCAAGAUGGCCGACACUGAGUUCGUCUGGCUGGGAAUGCGCUACACCUGCACAAUGGAUCUGUGGCUCUGGGUCAUUGAUCGUCUGGUCUGCUAUCACAACUGGGCCCAAGACAACAUGGAUGAGCAGUGUGGCAUGGCUGGAGUCAUGGAGAGAGAUGGAAAGUGGUACAAAAAGCCUGACCAUAAAAAGUUUAAUUUCAUCUGCGCUAAGUAAACCCAUUGGUAUAUUUACUGCAACAAGCUCACUCUUCUCUAAUAUGUGUCUGCUCUCUGGGUUUAUUGAAUGGCUCUAGUUCAAAUAUAGAAAUCACAGCCUGAAGAGGGGAGAAACUAAAUUACUAACAGAUUACUAACUGAGGAUUAGAACUUGAGAAAAAGGGGUGACACUAAAUGUAACAUGUGUUUGCCUCUGUGAACAUCUGAAUGACUUGAUAUGUUUUUGUUGUAGUAGUUAUUCAUAGAGUACAUGUUUAUUUAUCCUCUUAAAGUGUGAAACCUGUAAUCUUCAUUUGAAUUGUUGUCUUUUAUGUUUAAGAGAAAAUAUAUAUAAAAAGACAAAUCUAUAAUGUUUUGCUUUUCAGAAUUUGUUUACGUUUUGGUUGAAAUUUGGUGAUGGUUAUAAUAUGUGUAUCACUAUUUUUGUCAUAUUUACCUUAAUGGAGUUUUAACUGGAUGUUUAAUUGUCUAAAACUGAAUAAACGAUCUGAGCCAAAAACAAGGUGUGGUUCUUUCGUCCACUGGCUUUAAAUAGUCAUG